GCAUCUUCCUAGUUUUGGUUUUGGAAAGAGCCCAGGCUUUGGAGUUGCAGAGACAUAGUGUAGGUUCUGAUUCCUGAGUUUGCUAGCUGUGUGAAUUUGGGUACAUUACUUAGCCUCUCAGGGCCUCAACUUUCUUGUUUGCAUAAUAGUAUAAUUAAAUCCAUAUGAUAAAGCUGUUGAGAUUUAAAUAACAGGUGUGAAAUUGGUAAGACCAAUGCUCAGCACAUAGUAGGUAUUUUAAAAAAUAAGUUUAUAAAUUCUGACUAUGUUUCCAUGCCAGACUACAAAUGCCAACUUUCUACCAAUUAGGAGGCCAAGAGCACUAUAUGUAUUAGUACAAAUAAAUACAUACAAAAUGAACAAAAUAUGAAAACCUUCGUGUGAGAGUUCCCAGUCUUACUCGCACUUGACUAAGUUUAAUAGCUUUUAUACCCCUUUCUUAAAAGUUUCUCCACUUGGCUUUUGGGUUUCCUAUGUCACUAGGCACUAAUUUUGUAAUUUUAUUAGGUAUCUAUCUAGUAGAUAUCUCAAAUUUAACAUGUCCAAAAGAAAUUCCUGUUUGAUUUCAUCCCCUACCCCCUGCAAAAAAGGAUUCUUGCUGCCUUUAUCUUCAAGAUUUAUCCAGAGUGUCCUUGCUCUCAUCCCUAUGGCUACAUGUGGUCCAAGCUACCAUAAUUUCUUGCCUCAGUUGUUAAAAUACCCUGUUUCUUGACCCUCACAAUCUCACAAUCCAUACUGAACACAGGAGCCAAAAUGAUCCUUCUAAAAUGAAAAGUGGAUCAUGUUAUUCCUGUAGUCAGAACCCUCCCAAUAGCUUCCUGUGCCACUCAGUGUAAAAGCCAAAAAUCUUUACGAUGACCUUUAAAACUCUGCAUAAUCUGGGGCACCUGGGUGGCUCAGUUGGUUAAGAGUCAGACUUCGGCUCACAUCGUGAUCUCACGGCUCAUGGGUUUGAGCCCUGCGUUGGGCUCUGCUGACAGUUCAAAGCCUGGAGCCUGCUUCAGAUUCUUCAUCACCCUCUCUUUCUCUCUGCCCCUCCCCUGCUCACACUCUGUCAAAAAUAAAAAACAAAACCAAAAACUUUACAUAAUCUGGCCAUGCCCCUCACACCCAAGCUAAGGGUCAGUUAUUUUCCCCUUUAUUCAGUCUGCACCAGCCCAGCCUCGUUGCUUCUUCAGCAGAUACUUGCUGUUCCUUCUAGCUAGAUACUCAUAUUGCUUCUUUCCUCUUUUAAUCUUUAUCAACAAAUAGAUGAUCUCGUGAGAUGUCAGAUGCAGGACCCUGCAUCUGGAAAUGUGCUAGAAGACAGAAAUACUUGGAAUGGAAAAUUAUCUAUGUGGGCUCUGCAGAAAGUGAAGAAUACGAUCAAGUUUUAGACUCUGUUUUAGUGGGCCCUGUUCCUGCAGGAAGGCAUAUGUUUGUAUUUCAGGCUGAUGCACCUAAUCCAGGACUCAUUCCAGAUGCAGAUGCAGUAGGUGUAACAGUUGUGCUAAUUACAUGCACCUAUCGGGGUCAAGAAUUUAUUAGAGUUGGCUAUUAUGUAAAUAAUGAAUAUACUGAGACAGAAUUAAGGGAAAAUCCGCCAGUAAAACCAGACUUUUCUAAGCUUCAAAGGAACAUUUUGGCAUCUAAUCCCAGAGUUACAAGAUUCCACAUUAAUUGGGAAGACAACACAGAAAAACUGGAAGAUGCAGAGAGCAGUAAUCCAAAUCUACAAUCACUUCUUUCAACAGAUGCAUUACCUUCAGCAUCAAAGGGAUGGUCCACGUCAGAAAACUCACUAAAUGUCAUGUUAGAAUCCCACAUGGACUGCAUGUGACCAUCUGCCAUCCCUUUAGUACAAAUUAAGCUAUAAAAACAUACAGAACUAUUUCCCUGAAAUUCCGUAAGUACAUAGUCAAGACACAAUGUGAAGAAUUUGUUUAAAAAACAUCCUGUAGAAAGUUUAUAAGAAAACCAGUAUUUGAGCAAAUUGUGGAAUAUAAAUACAACUAUUUUUAAGUAAUUUUUUUCUCUAAUGUGUUAUUUUAUUUGUUCUGAAACUAAUCUGAUUAAAACAUAUAUAUUAUUUUCUUCUCCUCUAUAUGUAAUUAAAGCACUUAUAAAGAAAAAAUAUAAAUCAUUAGACCAGGCUGUAAAGCUUUCUUAGCCUUUUGGACAAUAAUCUUUGGACCACUAUUUUACUGGCCUUCAAGAGAACAAACUUCAAGUAAAAUGUUUCUUCCUGUGAUAGUUUGGUUUAAUGUAAGGGGCAAAUUUCCAUUUUUUUUUUUGUCAUAUCCUUAAAGAAGGGAUUUGAAGUCAAGUAUAUGCUACCAAGAACUUCAGGACCUGAUUUUCCAGGCCACCUUGAAGCCUCUUAUGGCUGCUAUUACAUGGAAUGUUAGAUAGCAUUCAGUUUGGUUUCUAAGAUGACAACAAAUGUGGUUAAUUGUUUAUAAGGUCCUCUGGCUCUGGUUUUUGUUUUCUAACAGUUUAGGACAUCAGAAUAUUCCUUGAAUGAUGCAUCAUUAUUACCCAUUGAAUUCAACAUGUCAAGAGCAGAUACAAACUCCCUAAGUUUAAGAACAGGAUAUUAUAAUGACUUAGAUGUUUUCAUUAGAUUUAUAGAAAUGCUAUGAAAUUUUCAAAACUGAUUUGAUCAUCUGUUGUUGGCAGCAUUUAUAUAAAAACAGUGUAUUUGGGAAGGUGUAUUUAGCUUUAUCGUAAGAGAUAAGUCACUAUUUUGGAAAUAUAUAUAUUUUCACACAUGUGGUACUCUUCUCCAUAUCCCUGGACACUCAUGCAGAAUAAGAUAAGGCAUAUUUGUGGUUGACAUAUUCUAGAUAGCCUUUCCAGUUAAGUUUUUUUAAAAGCAAUCUUGGAAAGGAAUCCAUUAAGUGGGCCAAAGGGUUCUUUUUCUUUGAUGAAAGCUAGGUCCUUCCUCAAAGUUUCUUAUGCUCCAUUAAAUUAAGUGUAGAAUAUUCUCAUUACUCUUGCUGCUAAGCAAGACAUUAGCCAUAUGAUGCAGAGUUAUGCAGUGCCUUCAUAUCUAAAACUUUUAUACUGCACUUUUUAAAGCUUUUAUUUUGAGGAAGGGAAAAGGGCAUUUGUCUGAAUAUGGAUUCUAAGUUGUAUAUAUUUCCUGUCAUUCUAAAAAAGUGAAUUUGUGAAGCAAAAUUUUGCUAAAUGUUAAAUUUUGAAAUUUAAUAUACCAGGUGAUUAAAAUACUAUCCACUAACUAGUUCAUAGACUUAAAAUACAUCCAACUGUUAAAACUAUAUGAAGAAAAUUUCAUUUUUGUCUAAUUGCAAUUAAAUUUAAGAACAUGUUAAAAUAAUUAAAAUGAAAAUAAAAGUAAAAAUUUCCAACAAAGAGCUCAGUGAUUAAUAUAACAGGAAAAAGAUAUGUGCUUGUUAGAAAUAAAGCAUAUAUAAGCCAAAUAACCAAAUGAAGCAAUUUGCUGCUGAGUUUUUAUUCUAAUUAUAAUGAUUGAUUUUGUAUUGACACCAAGGGUUAGGUUUUUACAUCAAUUUGUAAACAGCUAAUUUUCACAGAAGGUUAAGACUUAAAAACUAUGAUCUCUUACUUAAAAUUUUUAUGAUUCUGUAAUACUUAGAAUGCAAACAUUAGGAGCUAAGAAGCUAUAGCAUGUGGGUUUUAUUUUUCCCCUGUUUAGCCUCAUUUAUAGACACUAUCUGAAUUAUACCUAAAAUGUUUGGAACAGUUUCUCUCCUUUUUGAUCACAGUAAAUAGCUCUGUCAUGAGAAUAUACACAGGAACAAAUUACCUAUACCACAGAAGAGAGAGGCAAAUAGAUUGGAGGGAGUGAGGAUUAUCAUUUGAAUUGAGAAAACAUUCAGGAAAUCUGAGGAGCAUGCAUGCAUUUGUUCAUUUAUAACCUUCUAUAAACUUCCAUGUGGUCUUAUUCUCUGGUUUAAGAUUUGGGUUUCUGGGUUUACCAAGAAAGUCUAUGGCAGCGGUUUUCAAAACUUUUCACUGUAAUCCAUAGUUAAAAAACAAAGUAUGACCCUGUAAUGCAAGUUUUUAUAGUAAUUUUCAUGACAGUGCACCCUUAUAGUGCAUCUUUAUGUGUGCAAUAUAUUCUGGUACCCUUUAUUGUAUUUCAUUUUUUAAAGUGCUGGUUUUGACUCACUGAACUUGGCAUUUAUGACUCUAAGUGGUUGCAAUACACAGUUUGAAGAAAGGCUAAUCGGGCCCUUUGAGUAGAUGAGAAGUAGCAGUAACUUUCCUACAGUUCUAAAAUUCAUAUUCCCUAUACCUGUCUCUUCUGUCAUAUUUGGAUUAUGAUCUUUACAUUUAAAAAAAGAGGGAGGGGUGCCUGGGUGGCUCAGUCGGUCAAGCGGCUGACUUAGGCUCAGUUCGCGAUCUCGUGGGUUCCUGAGUUCGAGCCCCGCUUCGGGCUCUGUGCUGACAGCUCAGAGCCUGGAGCCUGCUUCGGAUUCUGUGUCUCCCUGUCUCUCUGCCCCUCCCCCUUUCACUUGUGUGCUCUCUCUCUCCC